GUGAUACGUUUGUGUACAACAUCAGCUCAGUCGUUCUCGGAAUUUGAUGUGCGGAGGUAACGCCGCACAUUAACAUAGUAGCAUCGCCAACAUAGCCGCAGCAGCAGUAGCAGCAGCAGCAGCCAGUAGUAGCAACAUCGCCGGAAUCGACGGAAUCAAAUACUGCUACACGAGCGAUCCAGCCGGCUCUUCGCACACUCGUAGCGGAAACAACACAGUGAUAGCGGCGGCAGUAGUAGUAGUAGCAGUGUCAAACCUGGUGUAUAGAUUUGGUGUGUUCGUUCUGUUGUGUGCACGCGGUGUAGGCGCGUGCGUGUGCCUUCUACCGCAGCGGUGCGUUGAACGCGUGUGCGUGUGUGAGGUCCAGCAGUCAGCUGGACCCCAAUCUACUCAGAACAAAAGGUAGAGCGAGGGCGGGAGAGAAAGAGAGAGAGAGAGAGAGAGAGAGGGAGUGUGUGUGUGUAAGAGACGGGCAGCAUCAGCAGUCAGUGGCAGUCAAUCAAAAGAGGCUGUGUGCCCGUUGCGCCGUAGUCUCAACUGACUGAAUCCUUUUUUCGCUACAGAAUAUCUACCAAUAUCCAACACACACACGAUGAGUGAAGAAUUCGUCGUCGACCAUGAGCGGGCCGCAAUGGCAACAGAAAUGUUUCUACAUUUCUGUGCCGCAACUACAAUGAAACAGAUCCGGGGUCUCUACUGGAACAUGCUGGACACGAUCGGGCUGCGACCGGGACCGCUGAACGAGUUCUAUCCCAAGUUGAAGGCGACGAUUCGUGACUGGCGAGCGCAGGCACUGUUCAAGAAGUUCGAUGCACGCGCCGCCCACAAGGUGUACAGCAAGGGCAAGGCCGCAACCAACACACGCGUCCUGAUCGUCGGUGCCGGACCCUGCGGUCUGCGUACCGCGAUCGAUGCUCAGCUUCUCGGUGCCAAAGUGGUUGUGGUGGAAAAGCGUGACAGAAUUAGCCGUAACAAUGUACUGCACCUGUGGCCAUUCAUCAUACACGAUCUGAAAGCGCUCGGUGCGAAAAAGUUCUACGGCAAGUUUUGUGCCGGCUCGAUCGAUCACAUCUCGAUCCGGCAGCUGCAGUGCAUACUGCUGAAGGUGGCCCUGCUGCUCGGCGUCGAAAUGCACGAGGGCGUCUCGUUCGUGAAGGAGAUCGAACCGGGCGAUGGUUGCGGGUGGCGCGCAUCCGUUUCGCCAGAAGAUCACGCCGUGUCACACUACGAGUUCGAUGUGCUGAUCGGUGCGGACGGCAAGCGCAACACGCUCGAAGGCUUCCAGCGUAAAGAAUUUCGCGGCAAGCUGGCGAUCGCCAUCACGGCCAACUUCAUCAACAAGCGCACGGAGGCGGAAGCGAUGGUGGAGGAAAUCAGCGGCGUGGCGUUCAUCUUCGAUCAACCGUUCUUCAAAGCGCUGUACGAAAAGACGGGCUGCGAUUUGGAGAACAUCGUGUACUAUAAGGACGAUACGCAUUAUUUUGUGAUGACGGCUAAGAAGCACAGCCUGCUGCACCGCGGUGUGAUUAUAAAGGAUCUGAGCGAUCCGGCCGAACUGCUCGCACCGUCCAACGUGGACAAACCGAAGCUGUACGAGUAUGCGCGGGAUGCGGCCAACUUUGCCACCAAGUACCAGAUGCCCAACCUGGAGUUUGCCGUCAACCAUUACGGUACACCGGACGUGGCCGUGUUUGAUUUCACCUCCAUCUUUGCCGCGCACAACUCGUGCAAGGUGACGGUGCGCAAAAACUAUCGGCUGCUGUCGUGUCUGGUCGGUGACAGUUUGCUGGAACCGUUCUGGCCCACCGGGUCGGGAUGUGCCCGAGGAUUCCUGUCCAGCAUGGAUGCGGCGUACGCGAUCAAGCUGUUCGCUAACCCGAAAAACAGUUUGCUGGCGACGAUCGCCCAGCGAGAAUCGGUGUACCGCUUGCUCGGGCAAACGACGCCCGAAAAUCUGAACCGCGCCUUUGGUGCUUACACACUCGAUCCGUCAACGCGCUACCAAAACCUUAACAAAUCGUCGGUACAGAUUGCGCAGGUGAAGCAUCUGCUCGACACCGACGAUCCGGUGCUGCUCGAGCAGACGUUCUUCGAUAGUAAUGCGAUUGCUUCGAGCGUAACGCCCGCGACCGAGCUGCCAGUUAAGCGCAAGCGGCGCACGAUCGAUGUGGUGCCGCUCGGUGCUACGCUGCUGCGUUGGCUCAAGGGUCAGCUGAAGGAUAGUGGGUUUGUGCAGGAGCUGAACGAACCGACGGAAUGCUUCACCAACGGGAAGGUGCUGUGUACGCUGAUCCAUCGCUACCGGCCUGAUUUGGUUAAUUUGGAGGAGUUGACCGACUUCAGUGCCGAUGUGUGUAAUGAGCAUGCGUUCAAUAUUUUCGAAAAUCAAUUGGGCAUACCGCGUGUAAUGUCCGGCCAGGAGUCGGUUACGCUAUCGGGUGUCGAUCCGAAGGUAUGGCUCAACUAUCUCGAACAGAUCUGCGACGUGUUCCGUGGCGAGAUACCGCACGUGAAGCACAUCAAGCUGGAUUACGCCGAGUUCAAGCAGAAGCAGGAAUCGAAUGUCGAUGCCUGGGCGAAACUGGGCCGCAUGGCCGCCGUCCAACGUAUGGCAGCGAUCGCUAGCGGCGUGCGUCCGGGCGAGAAUGAUCUCGGCUCGAAGGAUGUCAUCCCGACGGCGGCCGCAUCGAGCGCAUCGUUCGGUCCGCGGGGCAAUGCGAAAAAUUACUACCAUCCGAAUGCGGAGGAGGAACGCUACAAGCGUGGCCACGGUGGUGUUGCAUCGCCCCAGAACGAUACGAUGCGGCGAAUGCGCAAGCGACGCAGCAACGAGAAGUCCGGCAAUAUCGAGGAGCGCACUCGCCGACUGCAGGAGAUUGAAGCGAACCGGCUCGAUCGGCAGUCGAAGCGCCGUGAACAGCGUGCCCAGCAAACGCAGAACUUCUAUAAGAGUAUCCACAUGCUGCAGGCAAACACUUUGCUGCGGGAAAGUGAUAAUGCCGGCGCAUUCGACGAUUAUUCGCUCUACCUGUACCGCCAGUCGGCGCCACAGUUUAACGAUCGUGUCCGCGAGCUCGAGCUGAAGCUGCGCUAUCCCGAUCGUGAUCGGGGUCUAGCAGCAGCCUAUCCACGCGGAUUAAACGAUGGCGAUCAGUUCAGUGAUCGCGUACGGUCGAUGGAGCAACGGAUCGACGGUAAAACGGUACCGGUGGUGGAGAAGAAACCGAAAGAUUUGCUCCGUGCAAUCGGUAAGAUCGACAGCAGCGACUGGAAUGUGAAGGAGAUCGAGCGCAAAAUUGAACAGUCGAAGAAAACGACCGACAUCGGCAAGAGCCGCGAACGGGUACCGAACUGGAACCGGGAACAGUUUUUGGCUCGCCAGAAUCGGUUGAUGCAACCGCAAGACGACGAGAAGUAUAAGGAGAUUGACAGUUCGCUGAAGGCGAUCGACAAGCAGCUGAAGGAGGGCCACAAUCUUGAUUUGGGCGAGCGGGGAAAGAAUAAGGUGGCACUGAUUGCGGGCCAGUUGCAAACAUCCAAACAGGCUCAAGCGAAGCAGUCGCAGCAGCAGCAGCAGCAGCAGCCACCGUCGGUUCAGCAGCAACAGCAACAGCAAAAAUCGAACCAAAAGGCACUCGUCCUGACGACCAGUGGUGUGGCCGAGAAGUGUCACUUCUGCAAGCAGCGUGUCUAUUUGAUGGAGAAAAUUUCGGCCGAAGGCCUUACGCUUCAUCGUUCCUGCCUGAAGUGUCAUCACUGCCACACGAUACUGCGUCUCGGUUCGUACGCGUUCGAUCGUGAUGACACGGAGGGAAGGUUCUACUGUACGCAGCACUUUAAGCUGCCAGCCAAAACGCUCAAACCGGCAUCCCGUAAGUCGCAGGCAAAGUCACGCGUGUCGGGCCCAGUCAUCGGGCGCGUAUACGAUGCCAGUGAUGCGGGCGUUCGGGUCGGUACGGUCGGUACGAGUUCGAUCCCUGCCGAGCUGGGUUCGUCUACGGUGGACUAUCUGGCACGUACCAGAACUCCGGACAAUGAUGAUUCGGACGGUGAGGUGAACAUGGAGGUGAUCGACGAGAACGAGUGGACGGAUCGUAACUUUGGCACGGAGUCGGAAGUAUCCGAAGCGGAACUGUCCAGCUCGGACGAAUCGGACACGGACAGUGAGUCGGAUUACGAGGAAACGGCCGGUUCGCCGCUCGGAGCGCAAACGCUGCAGCUCGCCUCGGAAUGGAUCAGUGACAAACGGUUUUCCAACAUGGUGGACAGUGAUGCCGAUUUUUACAGCUACUCCAGUGAAGAUGAUGAUGCGGACUCGCAAACGGAAGGCGAAGAGCUAGCACGUGCACGGGAGAUGCGCCGACAGGAAGUGAAGCUGAUGCCACCGCCAACACUUCCAACCGACACCGAAACUGAGGGUGCUACCGAUUCCGAGGUGAACUCAACGGAGAUAUCUACCGAUUCGGAGUUUGACGAUGAGCAGCCGCAGCGUGUUCCGCCUUCGUUCCAUCUGGAGUUUAAACCCCUGGUGGAGGUUGAUCCAACGAUCAAGCUAGUCCAGAACCGUGCUCCACUGGCCGUUCCCCGGCCAGGCGAUUACGUGCUCAGUAAGACUGCCAGCACGGAAGGAAUUGCAUCGAAGAAGAGUCUGGAGCUGAAGAAGAAAUAUCUGCUUGGCGAAGGUACGACCGGGCUCGGAAUUCUAAAGUCUGGUUCUGCGUCGGCACUUGACUCGAAGUUCAAAUCGUUCCACUCGAACAUAACCGAGUGCCAGAAGUUGCUGAACCCGGCUGCCCAAAUAAGUCCCACGAUGCAGACGUUCCUGAAGAACAGUACGACGAACCCUCCGUCGGCUGGGGGCAAUCGAACACGAGAAGAAUCCUCUACCGUCCCAGCACCACCAACCCUUCCAUCGGAGUCUGUUAACGAUACGGAGAAGGAGAAUGUGUACGAAGGCAAAAGGACCGGCACGGGCAAUGUUAACGGUAGCAGUAGUGCAUUGGCGUUGGGUGCUAACAAGCGUUCCUCGCUGGUAGAAACGAUCAACACCACACUGGUCGAGAACAAGCUGAACGAGAUCAAAUCGAACGAAAGCUUCGCUGGGAAAGAAGAGCAGAAGUCGGAACAGCAGCAGCAGCCGACUGGUACCGAUCAGCAACAGGCACGGUCACAAAACUCAUCGCCUAUUUCCAAGACGAAGCAACCACAGGCGGAACACGACGGUGUUGGCAAUGGUCACAUUGAUCAUACGGCUAAACUAAAGAACAGCCUCAACAACAACAACAAUAACAAUAAGCGCAACAAUAACAACAACAACAACAAUGGGGAGGAAGUGUUGGAAAUUAUCGAUCUCGUUACGCCGGAGAAGGUGAACGAUGCAACGCAUCGUGACACUGCGGCAAACGAAACCGGUGGCCUAGUGGAGCACAAGUACAUCACGAACCUGAAGCACACGUACAUCGACCUAACGACUGAUUCGCCCAACUGUGAUCGUUCACUGGUGGAGACAACGCUCGACUUUAGCAUUGCACCGUCGAAGCUCGGUAACGAGCGGCCGACGAAUUCUUCGGCCGUGCCGGACAUAAUCAGCAACAUUCGGAUCGAUAGUAAUGAGAAUAAAAUCGAACAGCAUGCAGCCAACACGAACGGUGUGGUGAAGCAGAAGCUGCUGGUGGGUAAAACAUCCAAUACGCCUCCCGAACAACAAGCGCAACAGCAGCAAGGAGAGGACGGAUGUCACGAAACCACUCUGCAGGUACCGCUGGAUGUGCCCUGGACGAAGGAGGAAGAGAUUGAAUCGGACAGCAUUUCGGAAUCUGGUUCGAAUAGUAGCGAGAUCAGUAGUUCAAGUAGCAGCAGCAGUAGCAGUAGUACCUCGAGCGUAGAGGACAUUCCGCACUUCAUACUCGAUUCUACCACCAGCCCCGAGACGCAGAACGAUGAGCGGUUUGUGCCACGGUUGGAAGUGCGCGAUGCAACCGGCGAGUUGAUGCAGAUCGACAGCCUAAUGAUCAUCGACGGGCGCUACAUCGGCGAUCCGGAGGAUUUGAAGCUGAUGGAGAAGCUACCACCGGACACGCAGAUAGCGGCACAGAUGCUACAGGCGGAGAUCAAUCAGGAUAGCAUUAAUACGGUCCUUGAAGGUGAAAGUGCUCUACCGUCGUGUGGCGCGCCGGAUGAGGAAGGGAAGCGAAUGGAUCAGCCCGACGAAAACACCGCGGUGCAAACGAAAAGUGAUACGGAGGAAGGUGAAUGUGCCAGCACGCCAACACCACUUCCGAUGAAGGCGGACCCGGUUUCAUCUCUCUCGAACUUUGUCUCGCAACGCAAUCCCUGCUUUAAGUUUGAUUCGCGUAAUGAAAACAAAAUCGAUACGCUGAAAAAUCUCCCAUUCGUGCUCGAUGCCGAUCAGCGUACCUCCUUGCAGAAGUCGAUGCAUCUAAACCUCAACCCACACAAUGCGCCCCCGGUGGACGUUGAAACGGACACGGAGCAAACGCCGAUGGCUGGUGAGGUACCGGGUGGAACAUUGCUUGCCUCACCGACGGUGCCCCCGUACACGAAGCGGGGUGCACCGGAUGCGGACUCUGACUCGCAGGAUGACACGGAAGUGACAACGCAGAACAAUCUUACCGAAACGGAACUAUCCGACUGGGCAGCGGAUGACGCAGUGUCGGAGAACUUUGUCGAUCUGGAAUUUGCGCUCAACUCCAACAAAGGCACCAUCAGGCGAAAUCACAAACCAAAGCAUCCGCGGCUGCAGCACAAAAAGCUACCGAGCAGCAGUAAUGGUGGGGAUGGAGCGGCGAUGGUACGAUCCGUACCGGCCUCUUACACAGCCGCCAGCAUGCAGCCUCGCAAUGGAAUCACUGCCACCGAGGACGGCAUUAUACGAAACCUGGCGCUGGAAGAUAUCGAAUUUAUGGACACAGGGUCGGAGGAGGAAAGUUGUAUCGAGACGUACUCCACCACGAAUCGGAUGAUGCUGAAGAAUCGAGGUUACAUGGAAAUCAUGGACCCGACGGUAGAAUCCAAACGUGCCGUAUACCCUCCAUUAAGUCACGCGUACGGCACGGGUCAGCCAAAGUUGGUGGAAGCGAUCAACAAUCAAAUUGCUGGUCGGCCGCAGAUGGACUACAUCGAGCAGGGUUCGUAUCUGCUCGCUAACGAUGACGCGAAAACGCCCAUGAACGAGGAACCGCUCGGGAAAAUUACCUUUUCCACGCUCGCUAGUCAAAACAUAAAGCUUGGCGAGCAGGUCUGCUCCGUCGAGUGUGCGCCCGAUAUCGAGGAGGAUAGUCUGCUGUUGAUAAGCUCCUCCCAGGGUACGGCCCCGGGUACGACAACGAACAGUACCGCGACAAACGACGAAAGUGACGCACUAACGAUGGUAGUGGCAGCACCAUCCACUGCCACCGGGCACGAACCAGAUCCGGCGAACCCGAACGCCGGUAGCACCAGUGGUCGAGGUAGCGCUACUUCGUACAGCUCAUCGCUUCACUGCGGUGGAGCGAUUAACAGCAAUGGCCAUAGCAGUACUGCUGCUGAUCGUACACCCGAUCCGGAACUGGCAGCGAAAUCCAACUCCCGCUCGCGAGACGAAAGCCCGGCGAGGAAAAUUUCCGUCGAAUCGCUAUCCGGCAAACGGAGCAGCCUGGAGCGCAAGGACGUACGGAAGGAUUCGCUCAAAGGCAUCGAAGACAUCGGGUACGAGAAGUACGUGAAGCGUUUGCAGCAAAAGAUUCAACAGAUCAGCAAUGCGCGCGAUUCGCUCGAGGUAAAGAAGGGUAAGCGAAAGUCUUCCAAGGGUGAGAUGGUGCUGACGCUUUCGGAAGCGAACAGGGAAGGGAUGGACGAGCAGGAGUGUGACGGUGCUGCGUCCGGUUCCACCGGGCAGCAGGCAGAGCUUUUUACGCCCGAUCAGCAGCAGAAGCUGGGAACCGUUUCGUCCUCUGCCGUCCUCGAACCGGACACACCACAACCGAAGAGUGUGGAGAAAAAGAUUGAAGAGAUCACGAAAGAGCGCGUAAAGCAGAAGGAUCUCAUACAUGAUCUAGUCAUGGAUAAGCUGCAAACGAAGAAGCAGCUGAACGCGGAAAAGCGUCUCAACCGCAGCCGUAACCGUAGCAAUGUCCUAGUCGGCCAGAGUAGUAAUGGUGGUGCCAAUGGUGCAGCGGUGGAAUCCGUCGGCGAUUCACCAACUGCGGCGACAGCCGCCAGCUUCCGGUCUGGAGGUGGGGCUUCGCUAAAGGAGUUGGAACGAACGCCACUACCGGUUAGCAAUCAGAGUAACGUGUACAGUAGCGUUAUGUCAAUGCGCGCCUUGCCCUCCUCAGCAGUGCUGAGCAGCAGUGCCUGCGACGCGUUGAAGGAAAACAUUGGCUUUGCGAAUGGCAAAUCAGCACCGCAUCCUCACCCGGACCAGCUCUUGGCAUCCGCGGCCUACCAGCAGCAGCUAAUAACGCCCCGCAAUGCGGCCGGUACGUUUGGCGACGGUGAGCAACCGCUAACUACGGAGCAGCUGCGCGAGGAGGCACGUUCACGGGCACGGCUAAAAUCUAACCAGGAUUUGGGUCUGUCGCCCGAAGAUCGGUUACUGCUGUUGCGCAAAAAGUAUCACAUCACGAUGCGCGGACUCACCGAUGACGAUGACGUGGACGCGAUUGAUCCGAACAAAUCGGACGAUGCGAAAUGUAAGGAUCAGGCGCGUACGAAGCUCAUCACCUCCAAGAGCGUUAACGAUGUAUCGAUGUUGAAGCAACAGCAGCAGCAGUCUCUAUCCUCGCUGCAUCACCAUCACCAUCACCACCAUCAUCAUCACCAACCGGGACUGCUGGUAACGAGCACCAGCAGCAUUGCAAAGGUGGACCCAUCCGUGUCCGCUGGAGAACUACAGCACAGUACGCCGAAAAAGCUGACCGACUACAUCUCCGACCCGAACCUGAUGCAUACGAGCACGAUUGAGCAGGACACCGGUUCGGAGGUACGCUUGCGCACCCGUGGCAAACGGGGCAAGGAUCGCGAACGGCGCAAAAGCAUCAUCGAGAAGGUAUCGGAGUUUUUCAACGGUCGCAAAAAAACGGAAAAUGGCGGCAGUAAGGAGUCGUCACCGACCAAGGAUCGGCCAACACUGCUCACUGCCAACGGUGGUCCGUCUGAUUCUGUACCCGGCGCUGGCUCAUCCACUAGCGGUGGAGGAGGCUUCUUGCGGUUUAAAAUCUCACCAAAGCUGAAGGACAAAUCAAAGUCAUGCUUUGAUAUGAGGAACAUUAGUUGUGGUACAAAGGAGAGUUCCCCGUAUGGAAGGUGCGCUUCGGACGAUUGCCUGAACAGUAACGUACCGAAUGGUUUGCCAACGACGACGGCCAACGUAUCGCCCGUUGCAGCUGCUGGGGUCGAUAUGAAUGCGGUCUAUGUGCACCACAACAGCUACACACCGAUCGGGCGUAAGGAAGCGGAAGAGCUGGAACCACCACCAAUUCCACCGCUUCCGCUUAACUACGAGCGCUCGGAUGACGAAGCGGGUGCCGCCAACGAAUCGAAAAACGAAAUGAAGAAAAUACGUGCAAUGUCCAAAACAUCGAGGCAAGCGGAAUUGAAAAGACUGAGAAUUGCUCAAGAGAUACAACGAGAACAGGAAGAAAUAGACGUAAAGAUCAAAGAUCUGGAAACGCGCGGCGUAGAAAUCGAGAAGGAGCUUCGGGGCGAGAGUGAAACUCUCAAGAAAGGCAACGCCACCAAUCUGGGUGCUAACGACGACGGGCUGGUGAAGGAAUGGUUAGAAAUCAUGAGCAGCAUCACGCGGCUGAAGGUGCGGGACGACGAGCUCAGCAUACGGCAGCAGGAGCUACAGCUCGAACAUCGGCACGCGCAACUAAAGGAAGAGCUCAACAUGCGGUUGUCAUACGGUAAGCUUGAUAAGAACUCUUCGGACGUUGCUGCCGAGGGUGCGAUCCUGAACGAGAUGCUUGAAAUCGUGGCCAAACGGCAGGCGCUGCGGCCAUCGCCCGAUACGAAGGCGACGGCGGCCGCUGUCGCGGCGGUUGCUGCCGGUGCGACCCUAUCAUCCAAACCGAACGCACCGAACACCACCUUCACUGCCCGGAUGCCUAAAGAUACCGAUAUAUAAAUUUACCAGCAAAAAAAUAAAACGGCCUGGCCGUUCUGCGGGAAUCAAAACCACACAAGGGUAGAACUGGCUGGUGGCAGUGUGUUUGUGUGUGUGUGAUGUCCUUCCAAAACCACACCGAGCGGGUUUGAGAGCUGACGGACCGUGGUCAUCGAGGUGUAGUUUUCGGCUAGCCUUUUUUUUGUUCGAUACAUUACACUAAUAUCAUGCAACUUCAGGUCAAUUUCCAAUGCUUUGAGUGCUGGUGCUGUUUGUUUUCUUUUUGCUCCUUUUAAGAAGGUUUUAAAAAGAAAAUUAUGUAAAUUAUGUAAAAUCGUGCUUAUUAGUUAAGAGCGAACAGUGAACCGCGGGACUCAUCCGACGAACGAAAACACGAAUGCAAGGAGAAGGGAUAGAGCGAUGCGUAUCAACGCAUCCGACCGAGCACCGGGAUAGAGAGAGAGAGAUAAUGUAAAGCACACAGGGUAAACGGUUGCUGUGGUACAGUAGGCUUAAAAUGUGUCCAGAAAGUGUAGGAGCAAUGAGUUUGAACGAAGAGAUCGAUAAGUUAAACAAAAUGUUAAACCUUAGUGUGAAGUGAAGUCACCGAUGCGCGGACAACAGUGAUGUUUAUAGGAUAUGGUAGAUUUGAGCCCCUUUUUGUUUCGUUUGUUUGUUCAAUUACUAUCUUCUUACUUUAGCGAAUGCUGCCUCUCGGUGUCCGCCCCGGUUGACACCACUACACUUAUCUUUGUUGUUAUCUUUUCUGCUUUCCUUUUUAUUUUUGAUACUGUUUCAAUCAGUUACUCGAGUUAGUUUGUUUUUGUUCUGUUUCCUAUUUUUCUUUGCCAACUAUUGACAAAUUAACAGACUGUUCUUCUUUAUGCUUGUGUGUGUGUGUUUCGUUUUGUCUUUUCUUUCCUUUUUUUUUCUCCAAACAAAAGCGUACGUUAGGGAAAAUGUUGUGAAAACAUUGUGGCACCGUGUACCGGCACACCGCUAUAAACCAAGUAGUGUGAGUAGGGCAAUCGUGAGAAAGUUUAUAAAGGAAAAUAUUUAUUUUAAGUCGCGUUGUUUUUAUUUUCUUGCUGCUGUUUGUUUAAGCUAUACUGUUUUUGAAUACAAGCGUCGAACAACGAGAAGGAAAAACUGUUUCACGUGCAUGCGAGACUGAGAAAGAAAGGUUUGCGUCUAUAAAACCGUUUCGUUUGUGACUUUUUUAUUUUAUUUGUAUGUGUGUUCAGUGAUUUUGUGUGUGUGUGUGUUUUUUCUUAUUGAGGAAAAGCAAAUAUAAAAACAGAAAUGCCAGGUGGAUUUAAACCCCUAAUUUAUUCAUCGAGUUUGAAUAAUUCUUUUUUUCGGUAACACACGCACACACAUGCACACUGCAACAUCCAACUGCCUAAGAUUGUAGGUGGUUAAGCUGUGUGGGUGUGGUUUUGUUGCUGUCAGGACUUAUUUAGAACUUACUUAAACUUGUUCAGUAUUACAGACACAGAUAAUGUCGUUAGAUAAAAACAAAUGCUGUAUCACCAAUACUGUCAAACUGCAUAUAUAUAUCGAGUGGCCUCCUUUUUAUAUAAUUUCUCAUAAUCUUUUUUUUUAAUUUUUGGUUUUUAAAUGAACACAUUAAUAAAAGUUGCUUGGCCAUUUUUGUGAGUGGCAAAGGAAAAAAGCCAGAAAUAAGAAAAAAAAAUUGUCCAAAAAUAUGCAAGCAAGCGCAAAUUCACUGAAAUGUCGUAAUUUUAAACAGAGAGUAACAAAACACAAAACAAAAAACCAGUGCUAGGGCAGAGUUUUAUACACACUUACAUUCAACACGCGUUCUGGAGUAAUAAUUGUGAAUACACCGCCAGCAAAACUACAAAUCAUUGAUGCAUGUAAAAAAGGGAAAUAGAAUUCAAAUCGUCCUCGAAAGAGACGGUGUUUGUUGCAAGAAAAACGGGGGGAAAUGAAAUAAUUGUAAUUUAAUUAAAAAACCCAAUCUGUAAGCAUAUUUAAUCAUGUUGAUAAGUGAAGCAAAAAUAAGCAAAUCAAUCCCAUUUUCACGAGAAGAAGCUUACAGAUACAGAUAAAGACCAGCAGAGCAAGUUUGCUUGGUUUUUUGGAUACAGUGGAUGGGGUAGCUUAUACAGCCGCGACAGCAGGCGCUAUUAUGUCCUUACUUACCAAAAUGAGCGUAGACACGCAUCAGCAAACCCCUUUGCGAAAACGAAUUGUGUUCUAACUCUUGAAUUUACUAAUGAUACGUUUUAUGUAGCUAUUGUUUCAUUUAAUGAAGUGAUAGAAAUAACAGUAACAGAUAAAGAGCAAAAUAUGUAUAUGCAAACGUCCGAAUUUGAAAGCUAAAUCCGUGUUUAAAAGAAUACGAGCAAAGUACGGUCUCCGGAGUAGUUGGGUGCACAACAAAAAAGGCAAAGAAACACAGUUGGAGCUAUUUGAGAGAUUUAAAUAAAACAAAAGCACAAAAACAUGUACACACACAAAUACAGUUACAGUAAAUCAUUUUCAAUAUUUUUCAUUUUCCUAGCAUCUAAAAUCUACCAUGGGCUUGUCUCGAUUGGGCCAGAAAAGCUGUGUGCGCGUAGGUCGCAAGUAGUUGCGUUGCGUUAACCAUUGAGCGUAGCACCGUUGACAUGUUGAGAUCCAGGCACGAACAGAAUUGAGGAUGAUUGUACCCCCACUGUGUAUGUGUACACCGGGCCGUACCGUAGCCGGGCUAUCUCUUCUAUAAAUGUUUGAUUUUUAUGUAUGUCACACUAGUCACACAUGUUUUUUGGGAAUAAUAAACACAAACUUUUUACUCA